AUGCCUGAUGCUAAGGGUGGCACGGGUAGCACAUCUGACCAUGUGGAAUACACCCCGUCAACCAAAAAUGAUCCAAAUCCAUUAAUGGAAGGAAUGCCAGUGUUCCUCCGAAGUUUAACUCCGGAGGAACGGCAGCAUAUGGAGAAAAGGCUUGUGCGCAAAGUCGACUUGAGGCUCCUCAUCAUGAUCGUGAUCAUGUAUAUCAUGAACUACCUGGAUCGGAACAACAUCGCUGCUGCCAAGCUUGCUGGACUUCAAGAAGAUCUUAAGCUUCGUGGUGAUCAGUAUCAGACCUCCGUCAGUAUUCUGUUUGUUGGGUACUUGUUGAUGCAGGUACCAUCCAACAUGAUUUUAAAUAAACUGGGCAAGCCUUCGAUUUAUCUUCCAACAUGUAUGCUUGCCUGGGGUAUCAUCUCUAGUGCGACCGCUGCAACUCAAAAUUAUGGUGGGCUCCUGGCAUGUCGGUUCAUUCUUGGCUUUGUGGAGGCAGCCUACUUUCCGGGUUGUCUCUACCUUCUCUCGGCUUGGUACACUCGAAAGGAACUCGUCAAACGGACUGCUUUGUUAUACUCUGGCUCGUUACUUUCCGGCGCUUUCUCUGGCUUGAUCGCUGCUGGAAUUACCAAUGGACUCAACGGCACUCGAGGUAUUGCGGCAUGGAGAUGGCUAUUCAUUAUUGAGGGAGUUAUUACUGUAUUCGUCGCUAUCAUUUCGGUCUUCAUUAUCCCAGAUCUUCCACGCACAACCUCGUGGCUUACCGAUGAAGAAAAAGAGCUUGCAGCCUGGAGGCUCGCUGAAGACAUUGGUGAAGAUGAUUGGGUUGAUAGUCAACACCAGUCCAUGUUUCACGGUGCAAAACUUGCUUUCAAGGACUAUAAAGCCUGGUUACUGCUCGGCGCAAUUUACGGGUGCACUGCCUCAGGUGCCGUUACAACCUUCUUCCCAAUUGUCAUGUCUGGACUCGGAAAGGAUAAAGUGACCACGCUACUCCUUACUACUCCGCCAUAUUUGAUCGGUACUAUCGUUGUCCUGAUUAACGCUUGGCAUGCAGAUAAAACAGGGGAGAGAUACUUGCAUAUUGCUCUUCCACCAAUUAUUGCUAUUGCCUCUUUUGUGAUUGCGCUGUCUACCACCAAGUUUGCACCUCGAUAUGUUGCAAUGUGUCUGAUGAUCGGAGCUAUCUAUGCCGGAUACGUCGUGCUACUUGGGUAUAUCUCAAAUGUUCUUCCUCGGCCUGCCACAAAGAGAGCAGCAGCCCUCGCUCUCAUCAAUUGUCUGAGCAAUGUCUGCCAGAUCUACACUCCCUACUUGUAUCCUGAUUCGGCAGGGCCUAGGUACACAACUGCGUUCUCGGUCAACAUAGCUAUGUCAGCAAUGACAAUUUGCUUUGCCACUAUCAUUCGCAUUGUGCUUGGACGUUUGAACAAACAGUUGGACCAGGAAGAAGGGACAAACAUCAACACUGAUGGGCUAGAACAGGCGGAAGGAAAUGAAGAACAUGGGCUUCCGGGACAAGCAGUUAAGCGAGGAUUCAGGUUCUUGCUCUAA